CAAAAUAAAAAUAAAAAUCUAGGGUUUCGGUUUCUAUCCUCUAGCCUUGUCUCGAUUGCAUUCAUGGUUGAUAGUUCGAAUUAGGGUUGUUGUCCUAUUUUUUUCUCAGCGUUGAAACAUGGGGGGAAGAGCUGUAGUAUCUGAUGAUGAAGAUGAUGUUGCAGAGGAAGAAGAGAGGGAAGUUGAAGAUGUUGAUGCAGAAGUUGAUGGCGAUGCUGAUGAAGCAGACGUUGAAGAGAGGAACGAAGAAGAAGAUGACGAAGAAGAAGAUGAAGAGGGGCAGGAUGAAUAUGAGAAGGAUGGGUUUAUAGUAGAUGAUGUGGAUGAAGAAGAAGAUCAGGAAGAGGAAGAAGAAGAAAGGGAAGACAGUGAUAAAGAGAGGCAAAAGAAGAAGAAGAGGAAAAAGAGAGAAUCAGAGAAGAAUUAUGUUCUUGAUGAAGAUGACUAUGAAUUGCUUCAGGAUAACAAUGCUCCGGGUUUCCAACGCCUGAAACCUGGUAGCAAAAAAUUUAAGCGUUUAAAAAAGGCUGGUAGAGACAGUGAACGGGAAGAGCCAUUUGGAUUUUCUGAUGAGGAAGCAUUUGAUGAAACUGGUCGGAGUGGGCGAACUGCAGAGGAAAAGCUUAAGCGCAGCUUAUUUGGGGAUGAUGAAGGAGCACCUCUUGAGGAUAUCGCUGAAGAGGAAGAACAACCGGAGGAAGAAGAUGAUGGGGAUAUGGGUGAUGAGGAUGAAAUGGCAGAUUUUAUUGUGCAUGAAGAAGAAGAAUUUGAUGAAAAUGGAGCUCCUGUGAGACGUAAGAAGCCAAAAAGAAAGAAGUUGAGGCAGGCUCCUGGAGUUUCAUCAGCUGCACUGCAGGAAGCUCAUGAUAUAUUUGGUGAUGUUGAAGACCUCUUGGAUCGUCGCAAGAGAAGCCUUGAGAAGGGUGUUAGGUUAGAUGAAGAUGGUGAAUGGAAGGAAAAACGGUUGGAGGAUGAAUUUGAACCAUUCGUCCUUACAGAGAAGUACAUGACUGAGAAGGAUAAUCAGAUAAGAGAGAUUGAUGUGCCAGAGAGAAUACAGUUAUAUGAGGAAAGCACUGGGCCACCUCCAACUGAUAUGCUGAGUAUCGAAGAAGAGAGCAGUUGGAUAUACAACCAGCUUUAUAGCAGUGACGAGGAUGGCCUUGAUGUAUCAAAAAGAGUAAGAAAGGAAGACAUUGUAAGCUUCUUGGAUAUGCUGCAUGAUAAGAAGUAUGAUAUUCCUUUUAUUGCUAUGUAUCGGAAAGAGGCUUGUCCAACUCUGUUGAGAGGACAAGUGCAAGACGAGGCAGAAGGUGAUGAAGGCGAUAAUGCUGAGAAGAAACCUAGAAUAAAGUGGCACAAGGUCCUAUGGCUCAUCAAGGAUUUGGACAGGAAAUGGCUGCUUCUUCAGAAGCGGAAGAGUGCUCUUCAGUUGUAUUAUAAUAAGCGCUAUGAAGAGGAGACUCGUAGGAUAUAUGAUGAAACAAGGCUGUCUUUAAAUCAGCAGCUCUUUGAGUCGAUUACCAAUUAUCUCAAGACUGCUGAAUCAGAAAGAGAGGUUGAUGAUGUUGACUUAAAAUUUAAUCUGCAUUUCCCUCCGGGUGAAGUGGGAGUAGAAGAAGGACAAUUUAAAAGGCCAAAGAGAAAAUCCCUAUAUAGUGUAUGUAGUAAGGCUGGUCUUUGGGAGGUUGCCAGCAAGUUCGGUGACAACUCUGAAGAGUUUGGAUUGCAUUUUAAUUUAGAAAAGAUGAGAGACAUAAACGAGGAGGUUGCGAAAGACUCUCCAGAGGAAAUAGCUUCCAAUUUCACAUGUGCAAUGUUUGAGACUCCUCAGGCUGUGCUUAAAGGUGCCAGGCACAUGGCAGCAGUCGAGAUCUCCUGUGAACCAUGUGUCAGGAAACACGUUCGUAGUUCUUAUUAUAUGGGGAAAGCUGUUGUCUCCACAAGUCCUACACCUGAUGGUAAUGUGGCCGUAGAUCCUUUUCAUCAAUAUGCUGGAGUAAAGUGGUUACACGAGAAGCCACUGGUGAAAUUUGAGGAUGCCCAGUGGCUUUUAAUCCAGAAGGCUGAAGAAGAAAAACUCCUCAUAGUAACUAUUAAAUUGCCAGCAAAAGAGCUAAACAAGUUACUAAGAGAGGCUAAUGAAGCUUAUCUCAGUGAUGGUGUUAGUAAAUCUGCCCAAAUUUGGAAUGAGCAGCGCAAGUUGAUCUUGCAAGAUGCGUUCUUCAAUUUUCUUCUUCCUUCCAUGGAGAAGGAAGCUCGUUCACUGUUGACUGCAAGAGCAAAAAAUUGGCUGCUUAUGGAAUAUGGGAAAAACUUGUGGAACAAGGUGUCUGUUGCACCAUAUCAGCGUAAGGAAAGUGAUAUUGCUUCUGAUGAUGAAGCUGCACCAAGGGUCAUGGCUUGCUGUUGGGGUCCUGGGAAGCCAUCGACUACCUUUGUGAUGUUGGAUUCAUCGGGUGAAGUUCUGGAUAUGUUGUAUACAGGGUCUCUCAGCAUUAAGUCUCAGAAUGCUAAUGAUCAGCAACGGAAGAAAAAUGACCAACAACGUGUCCUGAAGUUCAUGACCGACCACCAACCACAGGUGGUGGUUCUAGGAGCUGUGAAUUUGUCCUGCACGCGGCUGAAGGAUGAUAUUUAUGAGAUUAUCUUCAAGAUGGUGGAGGAAUAUCCCAGAGAUGUUGGUCAAGAAAUGGACAAUUUAGUUGUUGUUUAUGGGGACGAAUCUCUUCCUCGUCUUUAUGAAAAUUCACGGGUUUCUUCGGAUCAGCUACCUGGUCAACCUGGCAUUGUUAAACGUGCUGCAGCUCUUGGGCGUUAUCUCCAAAAUCCUUUGGCCAUGGUUGCUACUCUAUGUGGACCAGCAAGGGAGAUUUUAUCGUGGAAGCUCAGCCCUUUAGAGCACUUCUUGACUCCUGAUGAGAAGUAUGAGAUGGUUGAACAGGUUAUGGUUGAUGCCACCAACCAGGUAGGCAUUGACAUCAAUUUAGCUGUUAGCCAUGAGUGGCUCUUUGCUCCUUUGCAAUUUGUUGCAGGGUUUGGACCUAGAAAAGCAGCUUCAUUACAGAGGGCAUUAGUAAGAGCUGGUGCAAUUUUCAGUCGAAAAGAGUUGACAAUUAGUGGACUUAAAAAGAAGGUAUUCAUCAAUGCUGUUGGGUUUUUACGUGUGCAUCGGACUGGGCUUGCAAGUAAUAGCAGCCACAUUAUGCAUCUGUUGGAUGAUACGAGAAUUCAUCCGGAGUCCUAUGAAAUUGCAACAGAAAUGGCAAAGGAGGUUUAUAAACAUGAGGUGGAAGUAGAUGAUGAAUCAAAUGAUUUGGAUGAGGAUGUGCAGGAAAUGGCGAUAGAGCAUGUUAGAGAGAACCCAAAGAUGUUAAAAACCCUUGAUCUUGAGGAAUAUGCGUCAUCCAAGGAGUGCACUCAUAAGCUACAAACUCUUAAUGAUAUAAAGAUGGAACUGUUGCAUGGGUUUCAAGACUGGCGCAUUCCCUACCAAGAACCUAGUCAGGAUGAGGAAUUCUAUAUUAUUUCUGGUGAAACUGAGGAAACCCUUGCUGAGGGCCGCCUUGUGCAGGCAACGGUUCGCAGGGUACAACCCCAACGAGCAUUCUGUGUGCUUGAAUCUGGGUUGAGUGGGAUUCUUUUCAAGGAGGACUUUUCAGAUGAUCCAAUUGUUAAUCUAACUGAGCAUCUGAAUGAGGGGGAAAUACUCACUUGCAAGAUUAGAAGCAUUCAAAAGCAUAAAUACCAGGUGUUUCUGACUUGUAAAGAGAGGGAGUUAAAAAGUAAUUCCUAUCAAAAUUCUCGUAGUCGUGAUUCCUACUACCGGGAAGACCCAAGCAGUUUACAGAGUGAGCAGGAGAAAGCUCGUAAGGAGGAGUUAGCAAAGAAGCAUUUCAAGCCAAGAAUGAUUGUUCAUCCCCGUUUCCAGAAUAUUACUGCUGAUGAGGCAAUGGAGUUUCUUUUUGACAAGGAUGUUGGUGAAGCUAUUAUCCGUCCCAGUUCUAGAGGGCCGUCUUUUCUGACUUUAACGUUGAAGAUUUAUGAUGGAGUUUAUGCUCAUAAAGAUAUAGUUGAAGGUGGAAAAGAACACAAGGAUAUCACAAGCUUGCUUCGUCUUGGAAAAACCUUAAAAAUAGGUCAUGACACUUUUGAGGAUUUAGAUGAGGUUAUGGAUCGUUAUGUUGAUCCACUGGUAACACACUUGAAGGCUAUGCUCAGUUACCGCAAAUUCAAGAAGGGGUCGAAGGCAGAAAUUGAUGAUCUCUUAAGAAUUGAGAAAUCAGAACAUCCAAUGAGGAUUGUUUACUGUUUUGGCAUUUGUCAAGAGCAUCCGGGAACUUUUAUUUUGUCCUAUAUACGCAGCACAAAUCCUCAUCACGAGUACAUUGGGCUGUAUCCCAAGGGAUUCAGGUUUCGACAAAAAGAUUUUGAGGACAUAGAUCGCCUUGUGGCAUAUUUCCAAAGACACAUUGAUGAUCCUCCUCCGGGUUCAACGCCAUCAAUUCGAUCAGUUGCCGCUAUGGUACCAAUGAAGAGCCCUGCAACUGGAGGUUCCUCAGGAGGGGUAUCUGUUGGCAGUGGAUGGGGGGGUUCGGCAGCUAGCAAUGACGGUGGUUGGAGAGGUCAUUCAAAUUCAGACAGAGAGAGAUCUUCUACACCAGGUUCAAGAACAGGUAGAAAUGAUUACAGAAACGGUGGUGGCCGACAUGGACAUCCAAGCGGGGUGCCUAGGCCCUAUGGCGGACGUGGACGGGGCCAUGGCUCAUAUAAUGGAAGAGGAAAUGACAGUAGCAGUGAAAGAUUAGAUUCUGGUUAUGGUUCUUCCAGAUGGAGCUCAGGUUCCAAGGAUGGGGAUGAUGGCUGGAACAAUUUUCCUGGUGCCAAAGUUCAAAAUUCUCCCGGCAGAGAAGCCUUUCCUGGGGGCUGGGGUGGCUGGGCCGGUGGAAGUGGUGGUGGUGGUGGUGCUAGUGCAGAUGGUGAUGGUACUGUGGAUCCUGGACCUGAUGCCAGAAAUUCUGGGUGGGGUGAUGGUUCUAAGAAAAGUAAUUUAGCUCAAACGGCGGCAAAUGGUUGGUCUGGAAGUAGCAGUGGGGGAUGGACUGGUGGCGGUGGUUGGUGAAUCCAUUGUGGUUACGCCUUGAAGAUGAUGAUUCCUUUCAAUUAUGGAGUAGCAUACAGGGAAAACUGUGCCAUAUUUUUUUCUGAGUAGGUGAAUCUAUGUUUUCUGCCUUUGGUCUAGGUCUUGUGCUGUUUUUCUCUUGGUAUAUAUAUAUAUAUGGGGAAGUUGGUAUUUAGCUGAUUUCAUUCCCCCAACAGGAGAAGUAUCUUUUGGCCCAUGGCCCUCUCAGUCUUCAGUUACGUUAUUUAAUCAUUAAUCAAUGUUGACACUAGUUUCACCUGCGAGUUUUGCCUUUGCAUAUUGUGUUUGUACUGCAUGCUUGUAGAGGUUAACAGCAGUUCCAUCAA